GGGCGGGAGACCUGGUUGGACUGGGGGCUCCCGGCCUGCGCUCCCCGCGCCUCUGUCGCCGCAGCUGGCGGGGCUCCGGGAAGCUAGUCCGGAGCGGAGGAAUCUAUUGUUAUUUAUUGUGUGGCGGUUACAUGCUGUACUCGCGGCGGCCCGGCCCUCGCCUGGGAGUGCGUGUGUGCGCGCGUGUGUGCGCGAGUGAGUGUGUGCGAGAGUGUGUGCGCGGGGUGCGCGCGCGGGCGGGUGUGGGCGCGCGCGGGGAAAGGCCCGAAAACACCUUAGUUUGCACCGAGAGACCAUUUGCAGCGGAACCCGAAAGUUUGCAAGAGGAAGAGAGCGUGCGGCGAGCGAGCGGGCCGGGGGCAGCGGCCGCGGCUCCGGGGACCAUGGUGCCGCGGGCGCCUCCUCCGCUGGCGUGAAGGCGGCGCUCCCACUCCCUCACCGGACUCCGUGGUGUCCCAGGCGCUUCUGCUGAAAAUUCUCGUUUCCAAACAAAAAGUUUUGGCAAUGGUGAGGCCUUCGAUCCCUUCUUCGAUUUGUCAUCAGCCAUGAGUGGAUGGAUGUGAUGCCUUCGAGCCCAAAGGUGCUCCUCUGUGUGUCGCAGUCCUGUGCUGUUGUGCAUGAGCCCUGCCAGUGACCCCAGGCUUUUUAUGGCUGUGAGACACGUUCGCAGUUCUCGGCUGAGAAGUGACCUUUUGAGGUGACUAUAACUGAAGACUGAUUUACCGAAGCCAAAAAGGUUUUUGAGUCAUGAUGCAGGAAUCUGGGACUGAGACAAAAACUAACGGGUCAGCCAUCCAGAAUGGAUCCAGCAGCGGCAACCACUUGCUAGAGUGUGGCGCGCUCCGGGAGGGUCGGUCCAACGGGGAGGCGCCGGCGGUGGACCUGGGCGCUGCUGACCUCGCCCACGCCCAGCAGCAGCAGGCACUGCAAGUGGCAAGGCAGCUACUCCUUCAACAGCAACAGCAGCAGCAGCAGCAGCAGCAGCAAGUUAGUGGAUUAAAAUCCCCUAAGAGGAAUGACAAACAGCCAGCUCUUCAGGUUCCCGUGUCAGUGGCUAUGAUGACACCUCAAGUUAUCACUCCCCAGCAAAUGCAGCAGAUCCUCCAGCAGCAAGUGCUGAGCCCUCAGCAGCUUCAGGUUCUCCUCCAGCAGCAGCAGGCCCUCAUGCUUCAACAGCAGCAGCUUCAAGAGUUUUAUAAAAAACAACAAGAACAGUUGCAGCUUCAACUUUUACAACAACAACAUGCUGGAAAACAGCCUAAAGAGCAACAGCAGGUGGCUACCCAGCAGUUGGCUUUUCAGCAGCAGCUCUUGCAAAUGCAGCAGCUACAGCAGCAGCACCUCCUGUCUUUGCAGCGCCAAGGCCUCCUAACCAUUCAGCCUGGGCAGCCUGCCCUUCCCCUUCAACCUCUCCCACAAGGCAUGAUUCCAACAGAACUGCAGCAGCUCUGGAAAGAAGUGACAAGUGCUCAUACUGCAGAAGAAACCACAGGCAACAAUCACAGCAGUUUGGAUCUGACCACGACAUGUGUGUCUUCCUCUGCACCUUCCAAGACCUCCUUGAUAAUGAACCCGCAUGCCUCUACCAAUGGACAGCUGUCGGUCCACACUCCCAAGAGGGAAAGUAUGUCCCACGAGGAACACCCCCACAGCCAUCCUCUCUAUGGACAUGGUGUGUGCAAGUGGCCAGGCUGCGAGGCAGUAUGUGAAGAUUUCCCAUCAUUUCUAAAACAUCUCAACAGUGAGCAUGCGCUGGACGAUAGAAGUACAGCUCAAUGUAGAGUACAAAUGCAGGUUGUACAGCAGUUAGAGCUCCAGCUUGCAAAAGACAAAGAGCGGCUGCAAGCCAUGAUGACCCAUCUGCAUGUGAAGUCCACAGAACCCAAAGCUGCCCCUCAGCCCCUCAAUCUGGUAUCAAGCGUCACCCUCUCCAAGUCUGCAUCGGAGGCUUCUCCACAGAGCUUACCUCAUACUCCAACGACCCCCACUGCCCCCCUGACUCCUGUCACCCAGGGCCCCUCUGUCAUCACCACCACCAGCAUGCACACGGUGGGCCCCAUCCGCAGGCGGUACUCAGACAAAUACAACGUGCCCAUUUCUUCAGAUAUUGCGCAGAACCAAGAAUUUUAUAAGAACGCAGAAGUUAGACCACCAUUUACAUAUGCAUCUUUAAUUAGGCAGGCCAUUCUUGAAUCACCAGAAAAGCAGCUAACACUAAAUGAAAUCUAUAACUGGUUCACACGAAUGUUUGCUUACUUCCGACGCAAUGCAGCUACAUGGAAGAAUGCAGUGCGUCAUAAUCUUAGUCUUCACAAGUGUUUUGUGCGAGUAGAAAACGUUAAAGGGGCAGUAUGGACAGUGGAUGAAGUAGAAUUCCAAAAACGAAGGCCACAAAAGAUCAGUGGUAACCCUUCCCUUAUUAAAAACAUGCAGAGCAGCCACGCCUACUGCACACCUCUCAAUGCAGCUUUACAGGCUUCAAUGGCAGAGAACAGUAUACCUCUAUACACUACCGCUUCCAUGGGAAAUCCCACUCUGGGCAACUUAGCCAGUGCUAUACGAGAGGAGCUGAACGGGGCCAUGGAGCACACGAACAGCAAUGAGAGCGACAGCAGUCCAGGCAGAUCCCCUAUGCAAGCUGUGCAUCCUGUACAUGUCAAAGAAGAGCCCCUCGACCCAGAAGAAGCUGAAGGGCCUCUGUCCUUAGUGACCACAGCCAACCACAGUCCAGAUUUUGACCAUGACAGAGAUUAUGAGGAUGAAGCAGUAAACGAGGACAUAGAGUGAACAUCUGGGCGGGCUGACCCCAAGAAGGAAGAUUGGGGGGAAAAGGCAAAACAAAACACGUCAAAAAGUCAGCAGUGAAAUUGUUCUCCAUUUGUUGUACAGUCUGGAGGAUUUUCACUACAUUUUGACAACUCUGAAAUGUGUUAACUCUUAGUGCCAUCAAGAAUCCCUUUUGGGAGUAUUUUUGAUUUUUCUACUUUUUGUUGAAAAAAGGAAUUUGUACUCUGUGCAUUGGAUGGACUUGUUUGGUACUUGGGAUUUUCCUCUCGUAACAGUCAACAUCAGUGUUGUAAAUUUGCUAAACUGGUUUACUUCUAGCAGCAGACUUUGAACUGCAGUCCUGCCGACGUGGGACUCCGAGGACACCCGACCGAGCUUGUGCCCCUAAGCUGCAGACCAAGCCUUCGCCCAGUUAGGGUUCCAAUGGACGACCUAUUUGCACAGAACUGCAUGUUGAUUAUCACUGCCUUGACUCCUUCCUUUUUUUGUUUUUGUUUUUUUUUU